UCUUGUAUUUUUUCUACUUCAAGUGAUUAUUAAUAGAUCUUAUAAAAUAUAAUACUUGGAAUUAUUGGAUAUUGAUUUAAAUCUUACACUAUGCAUUGGUUCCAAGACAGAAAAGUGGUAAGGGUUAGGCAAUGGUGGUUAAGUGACUUGCCCAAGGUCACACAGCUAGGAGUGAGUACCUAUUUGUUUAUGGUUCUGUUCCAUCAUAAAUUAGUUCAGUGAUUGGUCUGAUGGGUCUGUUCUCUUGUCACCAAUUGAUCCCUCUGCUCUUAUACCCAAGACAAUAAUUAGCAUUGUAUAAAUUUAUUCUAAAUUGUGCCCCCUUAUUCUGUUAGAAAAGCCAUUUUGGUUGGUAUCAGCCCCACCCUUUGACUGGGAACCACAUGGCUUCUUAGUAGCCCCAAAGAGGCUGUUUUGGUCCCGCUUGACUUGUGGCAUCCAAAGACGGGGCUCUGAGCCAGUCUGAGAUUGUCAUGUACCUUUUUUUUAAACCCUUUUCCUUGCAUCUUAGAAUUAAUAGUAUGUAUUGGUUCUAAGGCAGAAAACCGGUAAGGCUAGGCAAUGAGGGUCAAGUGACUUACCCAGGGUCACACAGCUAGGAAGUAAAGUCAUGUACCUUUGAAAUGUACAUGUAUACCUCAUGGAGCUAGGCAUGUUGCCCCCUUGCAGUACUCUCUCAGGUGAUGCUCUGCAUUAUGCCAAGUCCACUGCAUGCCCUGGGAGAGCCCACUCUCUAGCAUCAACAGGAUCAUAGGUUCUGUACAUGGGCUGAAAGGAAGGUUCAAGCCUGCCCCACAUACUUGCAUGGGACAAGACCAAGUUUUGUCCCCAGAUGAAACAUAAGGCGGGACUCCAGCUCCUUUGCCUCUGAUCAGAGGCCACGAUGAAGGAGGGGGGUGGCAAGCUUAGGAGGGAAGGGGAAUAAGAAGGUCCUGGCGCAGGUGAAGUGAGAUUGGCACUCCUGGUGUGGAAGUUUGUGUCGGAGAAGCCCCAGGAGUGAGAGGAGCCAUUGAAUUCCAGAGGGUAGGACGGGGAGCAGAGGCCUGCCUGAGAUCCAGCCUCUGAAUGGGCUGUGCCAACUAGAGGGGCAGGGCAUGGGCACCUGUGAAGGCAAGAAGGGGAGGCAGGCCAGGCCAGUCGUGAGGAUCGGCAAUAAAACCCCAAAACAGGCCCGGAAGUCAAACGAUCUCUUCCUGGGCGGGGAGAGAACGAGGGGCUAGGUGGAGAAGAAGCUCCCCGGGAGCUUGCUUGAGGUAGAAAACACUGCAGCCUGGAGGCGAUGCUUUCCGCACCAAGCAUUUGGCCAGCGCCAAGCCUUUCCCUGGCUUGAUAGGGGGUUACCCAGGCUCUGCCGCCACCAACGUUCCAUCUCCCAAAGGUCGUGCGAUCCAGAAAUGAAGAGCCGCCCUACCUCCCUCAGGUCCGAUCGCUUCUCCCCAGCACCCAGGGCAGGAGAGGCCGGGGAGACGUUCGCAAAGUCCGGGUUCCUGGGCUAAGCAGGAGAGCAGGAUGGGGGCCGGCCAAGAUGGAGCCACGCAGGGGCCGGGGGAGGGACAUGCCAUUUGAGACCCAAUCCUCAGGCCUUAGGGGCGGGGCGGCUGGAGCCAGGAGGACCCCGAGCCCACUACACUCCUGGCCCACUGAGGCCGGGGCCUUAGCUUCCCCCUCUUCCGUGGCCCCGCCUCGGUUGGUGCAGCCCUGAACUCCUCCUCCAGGAAGCCUUCGGGGCUGGCAGUGGCCACUGAUCGCCGGCCCCCCGCCUUCGGGGAAUCCCUUUCUUCAAGCCUCUGGCCCCGCCCUGCCUCUGCUGCCUCGCCCUUCACUCGAACCUCCUGCUCAGCCAGCCAAGGAUUGGGGCCUGGCCCCAGAGGAAAGCCUGGAGCCAGAAGGAAUGGCCUCGGGGCCCUGGAGGAAGCCGUGCCAGGAAUCUGUGACAUUCAAGGAUGUGGCUGUGGACUUUACUCAGGAGGAGUGGUGUCUCUUGGACCCUUCCCAGAAGGCUCUGUACAAAGAUGUUAUGUUAGAGACCUCCCAGAACCUGCUCUCUUUAGGGCUUCCAGGGGCCAAAGCAGAUCUUAUCUCCCAGUUGAAUCAAGAGGAAGCUUGGAUGCUGAAAGAAGAAGACCCAAGGAACUCCUCUCUAUGUGGGGAAACCAGGACUAAAACCAAGAAAUCUACUCCAAAACUAAGUAUCUCCUGUGAUUUCAGUUUGAGAGAAAUCUGGAAUUGGGAGAGCAAUUUGGAGAAGAAGCAAGGAAAUUGGGAUAGUCAUUCCAGACCAUUAAAAAUUAACUUCAGGAAGACUUCCAGUAAAGGGAGAGAUGAAGAAUGUAAUAAAUUUCAAAGAAGUUUUAGUCCAGAGUUAGAUCUAACCCUUUCUGUCCAACAGACAGUGCCCACUGGAAAGAUUCUAUGUGAAUAUGAUGAUAGUGGAAGGAACAUCAGGCAAUAUUCAGACCUAAUUCAGUUUAAGAAAAUUACCUCAGGAAAUAGAUAUUCCAAAUACAAUGAAUAUAGAGGUCAUUUUGAUGAGCAGAAUGAGCUUAUUCAGCAUCAGAUAAAGCAAACCAGAGUUAAGGUUUUUCAAGAUAAUCGUGGUGAGACCACUUUUGCUUUAAUCCCAGAUCUUAUAAGUCAUCAGAAAAGUCAUCCUGGUGAAAUGACUCAUACAGGUGAUGAAUGUGGUAGGGGGCUCAUCCAUCAAUCGUCUCUUGGUUUACAUCAGAGCAUUAAAACUAGAGAGACAUUGCAUGGAUGCAAUCAAUGUUGGAAAGCCUUUUUUCAGAGCACAGAACUUAUUAAACAUCAGAAAAUUCACAGACCAGAAAAGCCCCAGAGCUCAACCCUUUCUUCGCACCAGAAAAUUCAUUCUGGAGAAAAACUUUAUAAAUGUAAUCACUGUGGAAAGGCUUUCAGACAGUCCUCCAACCUUGCUGUACAUCAGAGGAUACAUACUGGAGAGAGGCCUUACAAAUGUAAUGAAUGUGGGAAGACCUUCAGGCAAAGCUCAACUCUUAUGACACAUCACAGGGUUCAUUCUGGAGAAAAACCCAAUAGAUGUAAUGAAUGUGGGAAGGCAUUCAGUCAGAGCUCAUCCCUUAUUGCUCAUCGAAGGAUUCAUACUGGAGAAAAGCCCUAUAUAUGUAGUGAAUGUGGAAAAGCCUUCUGCCAUAGUUCAUCCCUUAUUGCACAUCGAAGGAUUCAUUCUGGAGAAAAACUGUACAAAUAUAAUCGGUGUGCAAAAGCUUUCAUAAAGCCCUCCCAACUUGCAGUGCAGGAGCAGAGGAUUCCCUCCGGAGAGAAGCCCUAUAUAUGUAAUGAAUGUGGGAAAGUCUUCAGAUGGAAGGCAAAGCUUGUUGUACAUGAGAGAAUCCAUACUGGUGAGAAACCUUAUGAAUGUAAUCAGUGUGGAAAGGCUUUCAGACAGUCCUCUAAACUUGCAGUACAUCAGAGGAUUCAUACAGAAGAGAAGCUGUAUCAAUGCAAUGAGUGUGGGAAAGCCUUUUCCCAGAACUCAUCCCUUAUUGCACACCAAAGGAUUCACUCUGGAGAAAAACUUUAUAAAUGUAAUCAAUGUGGAAAGACUUUUAGAAAACCUUCCAGACUUGUGGCCCAUCAAGGGAUUCACACUGGAGAAGCAUCAUAUAAAUGUAAUGACUGUGGGAAAGCCUUCAGUGACAACUCAUCCCUCACUGCGCACAAGGUGAUUCAUACUGGAGAGAAACCUUAUAAAUGUAGUCAGUGUGGAAAGGCUUUCAGACAGUCCUGCAACCUUGCUGUACAUCAGCGGAUACAUACUAGGGAGAAACGCUAUAAAUGUAAGGAAUGUGGGAAAGUCUUUGGUGAACGGUCAUCCCUUAUUGGACAUCAAAAGAUUCAUUCUGGAGAGAAACCUUACAAAUGUAAAGAGUGUGGGAACGCCUUUAGACAGAGCUCAUCCCUUAUUGCCCAUCAAAGGAUUCACACUGGAGAAAAGCCCUAUAAAUGUAAUGAAUGUGGGAAGGCAUUCAGCCGGAGUUCAUCCUUUAUUGCCCAUCAAAGGAUUCACACUGGAGAGAAGCCCUAUAAAUGUAAUGAAUGUGGAAAUGCUUUCAGCCACAGUUCAUCCCUUAUUGCCCAUCAGAGGAUUCAUACUGGGGAGAAACCCUUUAAAUGCAAUGAAUGUGGGAAAUCUUUCAGCCACAUCUCAUCCCUUAUUGCCCAUCAGAGGAUUCAUACUGGGGAGAAGCCCUUUAAAUGCAAUGAAUGUGGAAAGUGUUUUAGCCAGAAGUCAUCCCUCAUUGUACAUCAAAGGAUUCAUUCUGGAGAGAAACCUUAUAAAUGUGAUCAAUGUGUAAAGGCUUUCAUAAAUGCUUCCAAACUUUCUGUACAUAAGAGGAUUCAUACUGGAGAGAAACCCUAUAAAUGUAAUGAAUGUGGGAAAGCCUUCAGCCGUAGUGCAAACCUUAUUGUACAUCAGAGGACUCAUUCUGGUGAUAAACGUUAUAAAUAUAAUCGUCAAAAGUCUUUUGGACAGACCUCCACCCUUGUUGUACAGAAGAGACUUAAUACUGGAGAGAAGCUCUACAAAGAUAAUGAAUGUGGGAAGGCUUUCCCUCUGAACUCAUAUCUUACUGGUCAUGAAAGAAUUCAGCCUGAAGUAAAACCUAAAUCUACUUGAAAUGGGAAUGCCUUUAGCUGGAGGACAGAACUUAUCAUAUGUCAGAAAAUUCCUCUACAGUCUUUAAUGAAUUGUAAAAAGUCUCUCAUGUCCAUCAUGUAUUAUAAUACAUUAAUAUUCUAGGAUAUUCUUCAGCCCUUCUAGAAAUGAAUGGCAACCACUUUGCUUCCAAUUUGUUGUAACCAGAAAAAUUGCUUAUUUGAACAUUUUUGUGUAUCAUUCACUUUUUACUUUUAGGAUCAAAAGGGACGGAUGAUUUAAUAAUCUUUCUUGAACAAUUCAUGGAUAGUAAUUUUUUUCCAGUUUUUUCAAUACUAGAUUUGAAGUUAUUUUGUAGAGAACUGAUGACUUAUUCAUUGUCAAAUCCAAUGUUGUUGUUUUUAAUCAAUCUUCAUCCAUCUUGACCUUUUUGUAGCCUUUGAUAGUAUCACCCUCUUCUUCACAAACUUGAUCUCAGCCAAAAGGCCAAGAAGCAACCACUCUCUUCUUAAUAAUCCUUUCUCUCUCAGUAUUAGGACAUUACCCUCUCCUAGUUCUCCUGCUACCACCUGACCAGUCCUAGGUCUCUGUGGGAUAUUCAUCCAGGUCAUGCCUACUAAUACCCAUGAGUAUGCCUCAUAGUUCUGUCCUGGGCCCUCUUCUCUCCUUCUAAACUACCUCACUUGGUGAUUUUUAUCAGUUCCCAUGGAUUUAAUGACCACCUCUGUCCUAAUUAUUCUCAAAUACAACUUUUGUUGUUGUUCAGUCAUUUUUAGUUGUGUCUAUCUCUUCGUGUUUCUAUUUGAGGUUUUCUUGGCAAAGAUACUGUAAGCAUUUGCCAUUUCAUUCUAUGGCUCAUUUUCCAGAUGAGAAAAUGGAGUCAAACAGGGUUAAAUGACUUGCCCAGGGUCACAUUGCUAGUAAGUGUCAAAUCCAACUAUGGUUCCCAAUCUUUUCUACUGACCUCCAGUCUUGUAUCCCCAAUCACCUGUCAAGCAUCCUGAACUGACUAUCAAUAGACAUCUUAAACUUAACACAUCCAAAAUCAAGUCAUUCUAAUCUCUCCUCAACUCUCCCUCCUUCUAGACCUUCCUAUCAUUGUUCAGAGUAUCACAGUCCUUGUUAGCCAGGCUACCCACCUAAGCAUUAUCCUCAACUCCUCACUAUCUCUCACCCUCCACAACCAAUUUGUUAUCAAAGCCUGUUGAUUUCACCUCAGGGACACAUCUCUUAUCUAUGCCCUCUUAUCUCAGCUGAGGCCAUCACCACCCUGUUGCAGGUUUCUUGGAAUAUUACAGUAACCUGCUGGUUGUUCUGUCUGCCACAAGUCUCCCUCCAAUCCAUUCUCCAGAUUAAUCCACCAAAUCGAUUUUUCUAACGUUCCUAGAUCUGACCAUGCCACCUUUAUUUAUUCACUUUCACUUCUACUCCAUAAACUCCAGUGGCUCCUUAUCACCUCUAGAAUCAAAUAAUCACAAAAUCCUUUGUUUGGCUUUCAAAGACUUUGAUAACCCAGUCCUCCCCCACCUUUCCAAUCUUCUUACUCUUUAUAUCUCUCCCCCCAUGUACUCUUUGAUCCUUGACACUGGACUUCUUACUGUUCCCUAAACAAGACAUCUCAUUUCUUGGCUCCAUGGUUUUUGUUGGUUUUUUUUCCCUGUCACCCAUGCCUGGAAUCCUUUCUUUUCUUUUCUACACUCCACCAGGCUUUCCUGGCUUCCUUCAAGACCUGGUUAUAAUCCUACUUUCUAUUGGAAGCCUUUCCUGAUCCUCUUAAUCCAGUGCCUUCCCUCCUUGAUUAUUUCAUAUAUCUAUAACAAGAAUGUAGAUAUCUGUAUAUGCAUUGUCUCCUUCAUUAGAUUGGAAGUCCCUUGAGUAUAGAGACUGUCUUUUGCCUUUCUUUGUCAUGCCUAGUGCUCCAACCGUGUAUGGUAUCUAGUUGGCACUUAAUAAAUGUUUAUUGACUGACUGACUGACUGAUUUCCAUCGCUUCUGGUUCUCUGUGUAGACUACUCUAUUGAUCUCUAUUUUUUAAAACCAGGCUCUAAAUGGUUUUGAUGACUGAUGUUCUGUAAUACAGAUUUGAGGUCUGGAAUAGCAAUUGCUCCAUGAUCUCUAGAUUUCUUUUCAUAUUUUGUCUUGAUAUUCUAGAACUUUGUUUCCCCAAAUGUUGUUUAUUUAGUAUAAAGUUUCUUUGAUAAUUUGACUGAUAUAAAAACAAAGUUGUAAAUCAACUUUAGUAUUGCUUUUGUUUUUAUCAUAUUCAUAUGACCUAACUGAAUACUGACUAUUCUUCUAGCUAUCUAAGUUAUCCUUUAUUCCUAUAUGAGGAUAGGAGUUUCACAGGUAUACAUUUUCAUGUGUUCUAUUGAAUUUUUUUUCCUUUUUCUUUAAAAAUAUUCAUUACAUGGACUAGCCCUUGGGGUAGGGAGGAAUACUGGGUGGAAUACUGAUGUUAUAUCAACAAAAAAUAUUUUUAAAAAGAAACAUAGGAGGCAAUGAGGUGACUCAGUGGAUUGAGAGUCAGAGUAGAUAUGGGAAGUCUUGGGUUCAAAUCUGAAUUCAGACACUUUCUACCUGAGCAAGCCACUCUUCUGCCUUGGAACCAAUAUAUAGUACUAAUUCUAAGAUAAGAAGGUAUGGGAUGAAACAUAAAAACAUAUAAUAUAAAUUCUCUAAGGUAAUUCUAAAGCUGUCCCACUGUUCUGUUUCAUCUUGAACCAUUUUUUAAAGCAUCAUAACAUUCAUUUAAAAAUUUCAAUCAUUAUCAUUAUGUUCUUCCCUUUUUCCAAUUGAAAAAAAGUCUCUGUACACAAUCAUCCAAAGUACUCAAUCUCGUUUUCUUCUGAUUUUUUAAAAUGACAUGAUCUUUUGUAACUAGGUCAAAUAUUCAUUUUGAGUUUAGUGUGACAUGAGGCAUAAAAGGUAUCUGAACCAAAAUUCUACCAAACUGCCCAAUAGCUAGCUUAUUAGUGUUUCCAAGAAGGAAAGAGUCACUUUCCCCCAAGAACUGAUGUUCAUGAAUUUAUCAAAUAAUAUGCUCUUAUUUUCACCUACUUCUCCUUUUGAGGUAAAUAAUCUAUUGUACUGAAUUUUAUAUGAACUGUCACUGAAUGAAAUUCAGAUAGAAAAGAAUGUCUUUUGACUAAAGUAUCUUUAGAAGAUCACCACAAGGAAACAGAACUCUGUCAACUGACAAAUCAAUGAAGAUCUCAAAGAGCAUUUGAAAGAUUUGCAUUCUCUGUCUAAAGAUCAAUGAAAUGUCUGUUAAAUAUCUCCAAUUUAUACUGUAUACCUUGUUUGCACAUAACUGUUUGCAUGCCUUCUCCCCAUCCCUCAUCCCUUCUGCCCCUCAUUAGAAUGGGAGCUUCUUGAGAGCAGGAAUUCUCUUUCUUUGUAUCUUUAAAACUUAGCAUGGUGUCUGGUACAUAAUAGGCACUUAAUAAAUGUUUAUGACCAGCUGACUGGAAAAUAUGAAAUGAGGAAAAUCCAAGAGCAGUUCAGAUAUUGUAGAAGUUGGAAAAUAAUAAUGAUGAUGAUGACAGCUAGCAUUUUCAUAGUGCUUUAAUGUUUGCAAUGUGGUUUACAAAUAUGAUUUCAUUUUACCUUUAUAAUGUGAAUCUUAAAAUUUCUCAGACUCUACUUCAGAGGAUUUGAUUAAGCUAUUCCUUAUUUUAAACAAUGGAGGUACUUGAUUAGGAAUGUAUUGGGAACUUUAAAAUUACUCCAUACUUAGGCAUACCUUAAGGGAAGAUAAAGUUGUAAAACUCCUUACUGAAAAAUGAAAAAGUCCCCAACCCAUACUUAUAGUAAGGCAAAAGCCCUUAAGCUAGGUCUGUUUUUAGAUCUAAUACAAAAGGGUGCUAAGUACCUAUGAAGGUCAAAUUCAUCACUAAAAGGGCAAGCUUAGCAAAGAGGUGUAAAGUACUCAGAAGUUUUAGUCUACCCAGAGAAGGUGAUAACAAGAUGUGAAUUAAGAAUGGUCAGUCCUUUGGAAAACGUCUACUGUGAUUGGUAGAUGUGAAAACUUAGGGGAGGUGACACAAGAGAAAUUUCUCUUUAAAGGAGCUGUCUGAACCAGUUCAGGGGAGUUAAGAAUAGUUCCACUUAGGAAGCUGAACUGAAGGGUCUCUCUGAAUACUAGAGCUUGCUUGCAACAAGAUCUUGUGGUGAAUGAUUAAAGACUGACUUAGUUUUCUCUCUUAAGGAGAAAGGCUUAGGCCCUAUUUCCUCUUACUCUCUCUCUCCCUUUCCUUAAUUCCUUCAUUUGUAUUAAUUAAAAUUUCCAUAAAACCCAGCUGACUUGGGUAUUUCAUAUUUGGGAAUUUUUCCCAUGGCAACCACUUAUUUUUUAUUUAACUCAAGACAUUAAAAAUUAUCUUUACAGUUUUGGCAAUUCAAAGUCUUGAAACCAUAUUUUCGCAGUCACAGUUUAUGGCAACCACUCUUUUGUCGGUAACAAUAACAACACUGAUGAGACAGGUUAAGUUACUUGCCAGUAUCACAUAGCUAUUCUGUCUGAGUCAGGAUUUGAAUUCAGGUCUUCCUAACUCCAAAACUAACACUCUAUUGCACCUUCUUGCCUGAAAAACAACUUCAAUGGUGACCAAAAGUAAGUUGUGCAUUAGACUGGAUAAAGCCUACUAGCAGCAAUGUAAGGAUAUAGGACAAUUCUGAGGGACUUACGAGAAAGAACGCUAUCUGCAUCCAGAGAAAGAACUGAGGGAGUAGAAACACAGAAGAAAAACAUUUGCUUGAUCACAUGAUUCGAUGGGGAUAUGAUUGGGGAUCUAGACUCUAAAUGAUUGCUCUAUUGUAGAUAUUAAUAAUAUGUAAAUAAAUCUUGAUCAAUAAUA